AAACCAGCUUCUAUUCCGAUUCGCAGAGAAAGCAAAAAACCAGAGUCGCCGGAAACACUGUCCUCGCCGGCGGGCCUAGCUGUACUCGCAGUGGUCGGACUGGGUAGAAUUUCCGGACUAGCCGUUCUGGAAAAUUUCUUCGUGCUGCUAAUAGUAUGAACUAUUCGAACCGAAAAUUUUAAGUUAUUUCACAGGAAGCAUUGAGAAGAUGCCUAAACUUAUAUCGAAGGUUCGUGCCAGUUCGAUAGUGCAGAGAUUUUCAAAAUUAACUGCUAUUCGAAAUGGAGGAAAGGAAGUUGGAGACUACAGCCAAGCUAUGAGAACUUUUACUACCUCAAAUGGGCAUGUGGCGGAGCCGGUUUCAAGAUCAGGGCAAAAACAAAUUGUUGAUGCACUUGUCUUGGGAGAGAGAAGAAGAGCUGUUAGUCUCCUGUAUGAGUUUAGCCUUGGAAACAACAAAUUGAGUGCUGAUGAUUUUGCUUCUAUACUGCAAAGUUGUGCAAGACUGCCUGAUCCAUUAUUUGUGAUGGAGACUUGGAAGAUCAUGGAGGAGAAGGAAAUCAACAUUAGUGACAAGUGCUAUUCUCUUGCCGUACGAGCACUCUGUAAAGGGGGUUACUUAAAGGAGGCGCUCAGUUUGAUGAGUAUCAUGGGAGAAAACACAAAUUGUUAUUCUAUGUUGCCUAUUUAUAACAACUUCCUAGCUGCUUGUUAUGAAACACAAACAGUAGAUUAUGCUAAUGAAUGUAUGGAUUUGAUGGAGCAUCAGAUGGUGGGAAAGAAUGAGAUAACAUAUGCUCAGCUUCUCAAGCUUGCAGUUUUGCAGCAAAACCUGUCUGCUGUCCAUGAAAUCUGGAAGGAAUGUAGUAAAUUUUACAGUCUCAGUCUUCUCUCUCUGAGGAAGUUUAUAUGGUCCUUCACGGAGCUGAGAGAUCUGACUUCAGCCCACACAGCCUUACAGCACAUGGUGAGAUUGGCUUUUAGGGAAAACUCUUACAUUAGUAGAACUGCUGAGGGAAGGUUUUGUGAUUUAAGAUUGGAUAUUCCAGCACCUUCCUCUGGCAAUUGGAGUUCCAUCGAUGUAUCUCUCGACACCGUGGGUAGCAGCAAUUUUGAUAUGGAAAGACAAAGUCUUGGCAGUAUGGAAACCAACACAGCAAGAAAAACAUUAAGUGCAUCUGUUAUGAAGCUUUUGAGGUGGUCCUUCAAUGAUGUUAUGCAUGCUUGUGCACAAGUUCAAAAUUGUGAUUUGGCUGAACAGUUGAUGUUACAGAUGCAAACUCUUGGUUUGCAACCAUCAGGGAGUACAUACGAUGGCUUCAUUAGGGCAAUUGCUACCACAAGAGGCUUUAGUGAUGGAGUGGAAGUGCUAAAGGUUAUGCAAGAGAAAAAUAUUAAGCCUCAUGAUUCAACUCUUGCUGUUUUAGCAGUCAUGUGCGGCAGAGAGUUGGAACUCAAUCUGGCAGAGGCUUUCUUGGAUGAGAUGUCCAAAAUCCAUAAUCCUCAUCCUUAUAAUGCUUUCCUUGAAGCAUGUGAUGUUCUGGAUCGGCCUGAACGAGCAGUCCAGAUAUUGGCUAAGAUGAAAAGGUUGAAUCUUCAGCCAAAUAUCAGGACAUAUGAGUUGCUAUUCUCACUGUUUGGUAAUGUGAAUGCACCUUAUGAAGAGGGCAACAUGCUGUCACAAGUGGAUGUUGCUAAAAGGAUAAAUACUAUAGAAACGGACAUGAUGAAGAAUGGCAUUCAGCACAGUCAUUUGUCGUUGAGGAAUGUGUUGAAAGCGCUUGGAACAGAAGGGAUGGUAAAGGAGCUGAUUCAAUAUUUACGUGCUGCAGAGAAUCGGUUUUCUCGUUACGACACUUAUAUGAUAACACCUGUCUAUAAUACAGUUUUACACUCCCUUGUUGAGGCUAAAGAGAGUCGAAUGGCAACACAGAUAUUCAAGUCAAUGGUGUCUUCUGGAGUUCCACCUGAUGCUGCAACGUAUAAUAUCAUGAUUGAUGGGUGUAGCAUUGUUGGAUGUUUCAGAUCUGCACUUGCCCUGAUCUCUAUGAUGUUCCGCAGUGGUUUCAAUCCUCAAGCAGUGACUUUAACUGGCCUGUUAAAGAUAUUGUUGAGAUCUGAGGACUUUGAUGGAGCAUUAGAAUUGUUGAAUCAAGGUAUUUCAGAAGGGAUCCAGCUUGAUGUACUUCUAUAUAACACCAUUUUUCAAGUGGCAGCUGAGAAGGGAAGAAUAGAUGUCAUCGAGCUCAUUGUGGAGCAUAUGCACCUCCAAGGAGUUCUGCCAGACCCAUCAACUUGCAGUCAUGUUUUCGCUGCAUAUGUAGACCAUGGAUUCUAUAACACUGCUAUGGAAGCUUUGCAAGUUUUGAGUGUGCGAAUGAUUGCUGGGGUUGACAAAGAUACAGAUGAAAAACGAACUGAACUUGAAAAUCUAAUUCUUGGUGAAGACUCGGAAGAUGAGCCCCAGAUUCUUGAGACUUUUAAAGACUCAAAAGAAUAUCUUACUGUUGCCUUACUGCAACUAAGAUGGUGUGCCAUACUUGGAUAUCCAGUAUCUUGGUCACCUUCGGACAGUCAAUGGGCUAGGAGACUUUCAAGUAAUCUUGCUUCAACAAACGGUCUUCUAUGAAGGUUUCAUGGUUCCACAUAGGUGGGCUCUUUUGAUCUCGCAAAUCACCUGGUAUGUCAAUUAUCAGUUCUGAUACGCUAACUCGUGAUAUAUUAAUGAUCGGAAUGGGUUAAUGAGGAAGCAUAUGGUCCUCAUUUCAAUACCAGGUGUGUCAUAGGGAGUCAAGUCAGAAUCUUCCCAAGUAUGAAAUCCUGGCAAUUUUGCAGGUUAUGCCUUGCUGAUUGUACAGCAAUAGCAGCUAAAGGUUUCAGCAGAAAAAAUAGUGAGAAAAUUCUGAUUGCAAAAUAAUCUAGUUUUAGUAGGAUCUGACUGAUCCAUUCAUUUUGUUGUACCAACAGGUAGUGUACAUUAUUGUUGAACAGCCAAUAAUGCCUCAUUGUAGUUGCUUGCCAAAAAAUGAUAAGUCUUUUUAUGCCAAAAUGUAUUAAUUAUUUGUCAGUUCCA